AAUAGAUGAGACGGAGGCGGAGCACGAGCACAUGGAGCUUUACCCCGUAUUAAACUGCCAUCACCACCCACACCCGCAUUCGUUAUUAUGACAUAGUCUAGCUAUUGCACUUAAUUCUGUACGACAACACCACUUAAUUUCUGCAGCUCUAGCAUUUACCAGCCGAGGAGGAUUCGGACCAUACACCUUCUGGAAUCACUUAUCGAUAGCCAGGAUUUGAAAGGUACAUUCACACGCCCGCCUCGUCACCGGGACCAUCUCCCCUCCAAAUCGCUGUCGCAUGAUCAAAGGGGGUUCACUCAGCACAAAUGUCGACCACCACCAUGACCUUAACAUUAGCACCAGCAGGUGGCUCCGGAUCAUGCUGUCCCAACUGCGGUGUCGGGCUCCCAUCUCAUUCCUUCAUGGCCGCCGAAGCCCAGCGACAAAUCGAGGAUCUACAAGCCCAAGUCCGCCUACUAAACGACAAAGCAACCGCAGCAGGUUCGUACACCUUUGCGCAAGACCCCCGAGAGCAGAUACUAAUCAGAAGCAAAGUGGACAAAUGGGCCGACUACGAGGAUGAAAUCCGGCAACUACGCGCCCAACUGAAUCAAGAAAAAGAAGCUCGCGAAUCCCUUGAGAAGCGCGACACAAGUCCCUCGCGAUUCUCCUACCUCCCCGUACAAAACCGACUUUCCUCAUUCCUGACACCUAAGAAAUCAACGCCGAAUUUACAAGCUCCUCCUCCUUCGCCUUCGGCUACCGAAGCCCAGCUCGCGGCCGCCUUGACGAAGGAACAGGAACUGAGAGCUGCGUCGGAGAAGAAGUUGGACGAAGCGAGUGGGGAACUGGAAGACCUAACGGCGCAGCUAUUCCAGCAGGCUAAUGAGAUGGUGGCGACGGAGAGGAAGGCGAGGGCGAAGUUGGAGGAGCGGGUUGCGGUUCUGGAAAGUAGGGAUGGGGAAAAGAGGAGGAGGUUGGAGAAGUUGGAAGGGGCCGUGGCGAGGAUUGAAAGGGUUAGGGGGUUAUUGGCGCCGGGCAGAUGAGAACGUUUCGAUUGAAAAGGAGAGGAAUGCGCAAGAUUGCAAGAAAGGAAGGGAUUUGAUGAGGAAGGGAAUCCGAAAAUGCAUCAAGCUUGGGAUUCGAGUUCGGUAUCGAAAGUUUACGAAAGAGCCUCGCAGGUAUAACAGAACGAGUUCGGCAGAACAGGCAAAUUGCUAUAAACGACUGCGGAUCCAACAUCAUCUGGUUCCAGUCACAUCGCAACCACGAGAAACAUUAACGAAAAUUUCGAUUCUUUCAGUCACUCCCUCAGAUUUCGAACUCUUUCUCUCCGAGCUAUGGCGAGAUUUCCUCAUCGAGCCAACGCCCUAUUUGGUAUUAUCCGCUCUCUGUUACAUAGGCUUCAUCCUAUUACUCGGGCGAUACUACGACCUUGUCUGGAAGUUUUGGCUCUUCGUGGCCUGGAUAUUUGUGCCUUUGGAUGAUAACGACUGGACAUCAGGGUAUACCUGAAAAUCCUCCUGGGUAUUAGGCGUUUGGAAGACAACCACGGUAACUUAUGAGAGAUGGUUGAUGGACUGAAGACUUUUUUCUUUUUACCUACUUUUCUUUUCUUCUGGUUGUUUUGCAUACGGCACCAUAGGGUUUAGCGUUCUGGGCUUUCGGAAACUGAAAACUUGGGCUUUGGGAGUUCGGAAUUCUGGUAUUUUCAAUUGCAUCCUUGGGGGUUUGUUCUUUCUGUUGGGAUACUUGGAACGGGAGCUAUGGUAGGGGGGAAUACCCUGGGAACUUGACUGACUGCUUACGGCGAACUUAUCAUUCUUAUUCUUCUUCUACCUUUUUUAAUGAUUCCUAAUGAAUGAGAAAUGCAAUACUUCAACUCUGUUCUAUAUCUUGUGUCUAUAG